UUAAAAUGUAGAUUUGUGUUGGUAAAUAUGUUAACAGUAAAGCUUAUCAGCAAUCUCACCGAAGGACGUAUUGAAGAGGCAGCUUCCUGCUUGAAUGCUGGUGCUGAUCCAAAUGGCCUGAGUACAGAAGGGGCAGCGGCCAUGCACAUAGCUGCUGGGAUAGGAGUCGAGGCAGUGCAGCUGCUUCUGCUUCAUGGAGGAGACCCAAAUGUGAGGUCUGAAGAUGGAUCCACUCCACUUCAUGUAGCAGCUGCUUGGGGAGAUAAAGAGACACUCCAGCUUUUGCUAAAAAAUGGUGCAGAUCCUAAUUUACUUGAUAAGGAGGGUCAAAGACCAGUGGAUAUAGCCAGGUCAGAAGGUUAUCCUGAGUGUGCUGACUUGUUGCGGUAUUAUGGCAUGUUGGUUGCUAUUGGAGAUGAAGAAGAAAGUCCAAGAUUUACAGAAGAACCAGUUGACGUCCCUAACAACUUCAUCCACUCAUCACUUUCACCUCCAGCUUGUAAAAGGAACAAUGCAUGCUUAAGCAACUCUUCCUCUGAUGAGGAAGGCUUUAAUGUAAGCAGGGAAUAUUCAGAAGCCUUAUCACGUAGGCUUAGUCGCCUUCUCCACACUGGGGAGAGUGCAUGUCUUGAUGUGACCUCACCUGACUUCCCUUAUCUUGGUCAAAAACAUGAAACACUAGGCAGAGGGGCAGCAAACAGGACCAUCCUGCCUGCAGACGACCCUCUUUUCUCUGACAGUAGCACUGACAGUAUUGGUUGUGCUGAAGAAAAAGAAACUGUUUGUUGCACGCCACACCACUAUUAUCUGGAAGCGAAAACAGCUGGACUUCAAGCACCAUGGAGAUCACCAGAGCAUAAAUGUUCUUGCCUUUACCAGCAGAGUGUACACAGUUGUGAACCUGAGCACUCAUGCAUGGACAUGCAAUAUGCAGAAAGACUGGAGAGGACAAUGCAAAAGAAGUACUUUCCUGACUUACAGGGGUUAGAUUCUGGACAUGGCUGGAGCAAGAACAUUGGGGCUGCUUCAGGCGUCUGCAGGCCAUAUGUUUUGUCCAGUGAAAAAAAAGAGUAUGUGUCAUCGAACAGAGGGGGAAGUCCUAGUUUGGGUGCUGCUUGUGGAUGCAAGAUGAAGCAGCCUCUUGAGGCUCCUUGCUCUUCUAGUCAUAGGCACUCAUCUUCCCAAGGGGUGCACAGGCAUGAUACGUGCCGUAACUUUAGCAACCAGAGGGAUCUGUCACCACUUUCAAAAUCUUGCUGUCCAUUCAAUAAUCAGUCAGCUACAUGCAUGUCUGGCAGUGCAGUAAGUCAGAGGCUUGCACCUCACAAAUCACAAAUUUUGCAGAACUCUUGCUCAGAUGAACAGUUAUCUGCAAAUCUCACCUCGAAGUCGCUGUUACAUGAGAAAACAACAUAUCAACGUGAUAGCUGUACAUGCAAGGGACAUACCACCCACAGAUCAGCCACUUCAAAAGAUGUUUGUUCAUCAGAGAAAAAGUCAUCUUCAAAAUCCCUUUUUCUAGAGCACCACACAUCCCGAGUUCCAUCCAACUGUAAAAUAGAAGCCACAGGACCCACUUCUCCAGUUACUGUACUGCCUGUACUGCUUAGUUCUUUGAAUGGACCACCUACCUUAUCAAGGAGGCUGUUCAAUGGUCUUGGCAGCAAACAUUUGAUGUCAGGAAUGACCUACAAUAAUCAUGAUGAUGAUAAGCUCAUAACUGCUUCUCGAAGCAGCCAUUCUACUGACAGUGGAUAUUGUAGUACCUCGAAAGUACUGUCUCCUGUCAAGCUGAAAUCUGAUUUUCCUGAUUCACUUCAUACAAGCUACAGGCUUCAGAAAACUGUUCAGGAACAGAACAUUCUUACAGAAGGUAAGCAGUCUCCAGAUGUAGAAAGAGCAUCAAGGGAUUGUAGAAGUGUAAGGGGUAUAAAGGAUGCAGAUGACUUUCAUCACACAAGUUUAUCUCCUAAAAAAGUGGCUGAUUCAGCAGCUAUAAAGAGUGCUUCAGAUUGUUCCAGUCAAUCUAGAGAACCAAGAGGCACCAGACAAUUCCAGAAAUAUAACUACUUAAAAAGACCUGAUGUCACAGAAGGGGCAGAGAUGCCAAUGGCUGGGGAUGAGGAGAAGAAAUGCAUGCGGUCAGAAUCAUCUAGUGCAGUUUCCAAGAAUUCAGGGGACGUCAGUGUAUCCAGGGGCAAAUCUCGCCUAUCAUUUGCUGAAUUGUCAAUCUCUUCUGUGGACACAAAUGACAGUUUCCAGACAUGCCAGGAGGCAUCCUCUGAGACAGAGUCCAUAACAGCCCUAGGAUCACAAACAGGAAUUAUAAUGCAGUCAGAAGGAAGGAUAAACUUUCCAGAGGAUGACACCUUCCUGAUCCAGCUGGAAGGUGACACAGAUGAUCAUAGACUAGGCAUAAACAAUUCAUCCAAAGAGUUUUGCUCAAGAAAAAAAGCAGAUGCCUGGAGACGCGAAAGUGGAGGUUUUGAUGUGUCCAGUAUAAUGCCUAAUCCUGGCUCGCCAAAAGAUAGUGGUACUUGUUCAAAAGCUGUAAAUUCUACCACAAUCUUAAAACCACAAAGUAAAUUACAGGAUGAUACAUGUGGCAUAGACAAUAAAAACAGCCAGCAAAAAUCAGGGUACACACAGGAGUGUAAAUCAGGCUUUCUCAAACCACCACGUAGAAGUGGAGUCUGGGCACCACCUACUGGUCCUCUGCCUGAUGACAGUGACCUUAUAACUUCCGAUGAAAGUUUUGUCAGCAAAACCAAAAAGAACUGUGAAAACAGGAAGAUUGACAGUGUCAGUUCUAACAAUGUCACACGCUGGUUGCAGAACAUAGCCAGCUUUCCUAACAGCACCAUCAGCGUCAUCAGCAACAAAAGAAGGCCCAGGCUUUCAGAAGACAGCUUGCUGAGCACUUCUUCAACAAGGGAAUACAUCUACAGGGACGAAGAAAAAGGCAUAACACUUCUGGAGCGCCAUAUCCCAUCCGAGUGCAGCAGUAGUUGCAGCAACCGUACGUCCCUUGAGAGUGUUUGUAGUCUAGACUCUCAGGCAACUGUCGUCUAUGACUGGAAAGAUGCAUCAGCAAGUGGAGCGCACAAGUCGUCCGACACUACGACCAGCCUGGACUUCAGUCUCUGUGGUCACACCAUGGCGUCCGAGUGCACUGAUCCAGAGCCAAGUCUUGGUAAUGCCACCAGCAUUGACGGCAAAGUACAGACAGAAGCACUCAGUGAGCAAGCCAGUACAAGUGACAGAGAGGAUACUUCAGACAGGAAAUCCAGCGGCAGCAUUAGAGAAGGCCCCGUAAGUACAACGGAGAUCCCCCCAGAACUGAAAUCCCUCUCUGAUGAAGCCAUCUUUCAAAGUUUGAAGGAGCUGGGAGAUAGUCCUGGUCCCGUACAAGCAGGCACCAGACAGACCUACCUUCGGCGCCUGGCUAGUCUGCGUAGCGGCAAGGUUAAACUGUCUCUGGCCACUUCGCCAUCGGGCUACUCAUCGGAACUGAACCGCCUUCUGUCUGGCUCACUGGAUUUGGAGGAUUUGGUACACGCGGAACUGGUGAUGGUGGCUCAGUUCCAGACUCCGGGCAGUCGCACCUGGCGAGAGGGCAACAUCAAGUCCUGUUUCAACUAUUUGCUGCUUGAUCCCAGGGUCACGAAGAACUUGCCUUUACGGGCCAAAUCACUUAGUGACUUGGAGGGUUUCAAAACGUUUCUCCUGGCCAUCUUUUACAUUGAAGGAAAGCGAUCCACAUAUUGUCACCUUCGAAGCCUAACACACGAGAAGCAUGUUAUGGUCGAUGCUAUCGGUCUGGAGCGACUGACGAACGUGAAACGUGGUGACUACUACGGCGUUGCCUCUACAUGGCCUGCUACAAGGAGGCGGGCAGUAGGCGCAUUCCUCUUGAGGAAGGCUUAUCAGAUCUUCCUUGCUGAAGGUGAAAGGCAGAUCUGCCCUGUCGAUAUUAAGAAUGAAAGAUAAGAUGGACUGCAUACUUCAGAACUGACGAGCAUAUUUUUUUAAAUGGAUUUAUUUUCUUGAAACACCAGAUAUUGUUGAACUAAAUAUGGAAUCAAAAUAGUGGUCAAGGCAGCUGUCGAUCUAGAUCACACUUGUUUCUGCUCAAUAAAGGUAAAUCAGGAAGUUGUAGUCUGUUCUUUUCAACAGUUCGUAUCGAGUUCUGGAGAAAACCUAAUCAGUCAAAGAAAUACAUCGGUGACGAAGGCAGUUACAGACAUGACUUUGUUGCAGGGUAUUUCCUAAGUACAAUUUCAGAAACAUUUUUUGAGCACUAGAUUUAUUGUAAUUACAGUUGUUUACAUUUCGAUUGUGCUUUCGCUUGUGAAUUGUCUCACACGUUAUUCAGUUAAAUUAAAAAUUAUAUAGAUAUUUUACAGAUUUUAAAAAAAGUUGUAAGAUAUUGUUGGCCAGCUUUCUUAUCACAGUAUUUGCUUCCUUUAUCACUUAUAGUCAUUGAGUCUGCCUUUUCAAAAAGUUGUCAUUGCUUUGUUCGUCUUCAUCACGCACUAUUUCAAAAUAUCAGGUUUGUUUGUGUUUAAAGCUUCAAUCUUUUAAAUGAUCAUGAGUUUUCAGUCUGUAUUGUUACAGCAGUUUACACAUGUGUGUAAAAAUUGGAAAUGAUGAAAUGAAGCUCCAAAUUUAUGUGAGUUUUUUAAUUGAAUAUUGAGUGAUGUGAACAAAGUUUUUUUUAUAACCAUUUUGGUUUCAUAUGUUUGAAGUUCUGAAAUAACAGUGUGUUGUGGAUGAUGAAUCAUCUGUCACGAAAAACGUUGGAGUAAUACAGUAU